CAUUUGCACACGGUCUCUGAUUAUGUUUACGACAAAGCCGGAAGUGUUUUAGUUGUCGACAUUAGUAUUAGCUCGAGGAUGUAGGAAUAACUCUUGACACGAAAGUGUUGCCUUAGCUGUCCCUUCAUAACGAAAGUCCAACGAUGUGUAACGUGAGUGUGUGUGGACCUCUAUUGUAGAUACCUGAAGUCGUUCGCAGUAAUAGCUUCACGUCGGAAGUGACCACACCAUUUCAGUCUCAUGAUACUGUGAAGUUCCGGGUUAGAAUUGAUCUUCAGCUACCCAAGCUUGUCGUACGGGGCGACAAACAGGAUCAGGUGGCCGACUUGGUUGACGCGCGUGAUCGUAUCCCACCAUGCUUAUGAUGUCAAUCACUGGAUAGUCUGGUCCAGAUUGUUUGCAGGGCGCCGCCAUCUUCCUAGAAUAUUGUGCUAAACAACGAAGAAACAAAAUUGACAACGGAAGACGUCGAGGGAGUUGUUCAGUUCCCAGGAAGGUAGAUGUAGACGUGUGUCAAUGAAUCUACACAGCCACGAAAGAUAAGGAGCCCUUAUCAGCUGAUGCAAGCCGAUGUGUAGGCUGUCUGAGACUUAAUUGAAAUUUUUUUUUUACGUUGUCCCCAGUCUAGUGUGGAGUUUUAUCCCAGGACCAAUGAAGGGAUUACUUGAGUUUGUUACCCUCGGAUAUCUUCUCAGUGGCACGCAGUUCACGAGGGCGGAGACCGUCAAAUGUAGCGGCGAUGUCUGGCCAGUGAGAGAGUUCCGAGCAGUGUGGGUGGCCACAGUGAAGGACAUGGACUGGCCACUGUCCCGCUAUCACUCCUCCUCCCAACAGAAGGCGGAGCUGGUCCUCCUCCUGGACAAGCUUCAGAAGCUGAACUUCAACGCCAUCGUGUUCCAGGUCCGCUCAGCUGGUGAUGCCAUGUACAACUCCACCCUGGAGCCGUGGAGCGAGUAUUUGACAGGCUCCCAAGGAAGGGCUCCUUCUCCUUAUUACGACCCCCUGGCCUUUCUACUGGAGGAGGCACACAGACGCAACAUGGAGGUCCACUCCUGGUAUAACCCGUAUCUAGCUCGGUCUGGGAGUACCUCUAAGGCUGGACUUGCCCCCAACCACAUGGCUGUCAAAUACCCACGGUACGCUUAUGCUUAUGGGAAUAGUCUGUGGAUGGACCCAGGGGCCAAGGUCGUUCAGGAUCAGUGUUACAACGUCAUCAUGGAUGUGGUAAAGCGUUACGACAUUGACGGCGUCCACAUGGAUGACUACUUCUACCCAUACCCCGUUUCAGGACAAAGUUUUCCCGAUAACGCUACUUACAACGCUUAUCGAAAAGGAGGCGGCCAUCUUGGACGGGAUGAUUGGAGACGGGACAACGUCAACUCGCUUAUCCAGCGUCUGUAUAAUGGAACCAAGGCAACUAAGAAGCAUGUGAAAUUUGGCCUUAGUCCAUUCGGAAUAUGGAAAUCAGGAAUUCCUAAAGGCAUAGUUGGGCUGUCGUCCUACUAUGAGCAGUACGCUGACAGUAGGAAGUGGUUUGACGAGGGCUGGGUGGACUACUUUACUCCGCAACUGUACUGGCGGAUUGAUCCGGUGAAACAGAGUUUCACGCACCUGAUGGACUGGUGGCUGCAGCAAAACUCCAAACAUCGCCACUUCUAUGCAGGGAGCUAUGCAGGCAAUGUGGUAGAGCAAAACUGGCCUCUUGACGAAAUUAAACGUCAAGUUGAGGAAGCAAGGAAGCGACGUGACAAGCUGAGUCUUGGUGAUGUGUUCUUCAGUGCUAAGUACUUCCGGGACAACAGCAAGGGAUUGUCCACCAUGUUUCAGAAAGACCUCUACACUGUUCCAGCUCUUGCACCGCCUAUGCCCUGGCUUGGCGCCAAUCCACCUCCACCUCCCUCUGGUGUCAGGGUUUCAGGCAGCACCUUGACGUGGAACAAGGACGGUUCCGGUGUGACGAGGAGCUGGGCUGUCUACAGGUAUGAGGCGGACGCGUGGGAGUUGAAGAAACUCCUGAACAAUGACACAACCAGUUGGUCAGUGCCCAGUGGCCGCUACGCCAUAACAGCCGUGGACAGACUGUCCAAUGAAAGCGGCGCGGUGGUCAAGGAAGUGCAAGGGGGAGCCAAUAUCAUUGACUGAAAAUGUUGAACACAUCCGAUAAACAUUUUGUUACUGUGAUCGAUAACGGAAAUUGACAGUGAUCAUGGUCAUGGGUUACAAUAUGAAAAUAGGAAUUUGCAUCGAACAUCAAUCUUGUUACUGGUGACUGUUCAGCUCCUGAAUGUGACUAUCAUGGUAAGUAAUGGUGUGUUCAAUACCGUCGACACGGCCUGUGAUCCUCUUCGUAUCUUCUGCGACCUUGCUGCAAAUAUCAUCAGUCUGUUUGUUAAGCAUCAGUUGCAGAGUGGCAAGAUCCACUUUGGCGGCCAAUUUCGAGACGUCACUGACAUAAACAGCCGAAUCUCCCAUCGCCUCAUCCGCCCUUCGUCGAUUAGAAAAGCCUCCAUAUUGGGUUCUUUACUUCCCUGAUUGCCCCCUUUUCCCAAUUUCCAUUUGCUUUUUGGCAUUCAUUGUUAUGGUUGAAGAUUGUUUAGAUUUUAGAAAGUCAAAACGUAACACGUUUUCACCACUGAACGCGCAUUCCGGAAGUCAUCUUUGCAAUGAUAACUUCAUAUUAUCUGUUGUCAGCAAAGUUGUUGGGGUUUUUUAUGUCAACAAACUACAUCAUGAUAUUGCCUAUUCUACUUUUAUAUUUGUGAAUAUUGUGGUGUCCGUGUUUAAUGUCUAAAAUAAAAUACACAAAAGAACUCAAAAAAGUU